AAUCAAAAGAUCUCAAACAUCGCGGCGUUGAAGAGACGACCACUUCAACAGGAAGCGCUUAAUAUCUUGUAUGAAGUUGCGAAUACUGUUGGGCCUCUAAUGGAGCAUUUCCGUCUUUCUGUUGGAUUUCUAUGUGAAAUGUUCCCUACAAACCCUAAUCUCUUGGGGUUAAACGUUAACUACGGAUACAAGAUCUCACUCAGGCUUCGUCCAGCCUACGACGAGCGUUCCUUCUUACCAACAGAAGAGAUUGUAGAGACAAUGAUCCAUGAACUGGCACAUAACUCACAUGGAGCACAUGAUGUGAAAUUCUAUGAAAGGAUGGACCAGCUGAGGGAGAAGAUGUUUGAACUACGGAUGAAAAACGUCAAGUUUGGCGGUGCUGGCGACCAACUUGGGGGAAGAACAGGACUGAAUGUGCAAGAGGCAAGACUGAAGAAGUUGGACCCACGUAUAAAAGGUGGCGUGAACAGACUUGGUGGGGUUGCAAAGAAGGGCGUGCCUAUAGAGGAGCUGAUCCGACAAGCGGCGAUAAAGAGGUACGAAGAUUCGAAAUGGUGUCAUGAAACC